GAGGUAAAGAACAUUGUCCUUCUUCAAGUGGAAGAGAGAGUAUGUGCAGCAUCCGCUGCAGAAGUGAAUACAGAUGUUGGAAGCUGCAGCUGCUGUCGCUUGCUUUCACUGCUCUUUCAGUAUAGCCACUUUCCCUCUCUCCAAGCAGCUACAGCUGAAUCCUUCUAACCCUUCUCUUUCUCCUCAUCUUUCACUGAAGAGGAGGAGAAAGAGGAGUCUGCGAGAGGUGAGAGGCGUCAUCGCUUCUUCUCAGAACCUCAGUAGAGCUGGGGUUGAUGGGGUAGAGGAAGAGGCGCCGAUGAAGAAGAAAUGCGGAAACAAGACAAGCGACACCACCAAUAUCAAGAAAUUGGGGACUAGUAGAAGGGUUUUCUUCUUGGACGUGAACCCGCUCUGUUAUGUGGGAAGCCGGCCCAGCCUACGCUCAUUCGCCCGAUGGAUUUCCCUCUUCUUCUCCCAAGUCAGCCUUCGAGAUCCCGUCAUCGCUGUUCUCGAUGGGGACGAAGCAAAUGAAUAUCGAAGACAAAUGCUACCUUCAUAUAAAGCACAUAGGAGGCGAUUCUCAAAAGAGUUAUCUGCAUUGCAACAAACUUCGAGGGGUACUGAUGGCAGUCCAUACUCAAAAGAGUUAUCUGCAUUGCAACGAACUUCGAGGGGUACUGAUGGCAGUCCAUACUAUUCCAUGCCACGUGUCACAGAUGUCCUUCAGAAGUGCAAUGUGCCUGUGCUAAAAAUUAAAAACUAUGAAGCAGAUGAUACCAUAGCUACACUUGUGGAUCAAGCUCUACAAAGAGGAUACCGAGUUGUUAUUGGAUCGCCUGAUAAAGAUUUCAAGCAGCUGAUAUCUGAAGAUGUCCAGAUCGUUAUGCCCAUGCCAGAGUUUGGACGUUGGUCCUUUUACACGCUGAAGCACUACAUAGCUCAAUACAAUUGUGAGCCAAGCGCUGAUUUGAGUCUCCGCUGUCUUGUGGGUGAUGAAGUUGAUGGUGUUCCUGGAAUUCAACAUUUGGUUCCUGGUUUUGGUCGAAAGACGGCCCUGAAGCUCUUAAAAAAACAUGGUUCAUUAGAGAACUUACUCCAGACAGCUGCAAUCAGAACUGUGGGCAAACAGUAUGCACAAGAUGCUCUUACUAAGCAUGCCGAUUAUCUGCGGAAAAAUUAUGAGGUGCUUAGCCUAAGGAGGGAUGUUGAUGUUCAUCUUGAGGAGGAAUGGUUAUCUGAGAGAGACACCUGCAAUGACUCGGCUGUCCUAUCUACCUUCGUAGAAAAGUUGGGACAGGUGCAGAAGCUCAGUGUCAGAAAUGCUGCUUAUUUGGUCAAAGAUUAACCUCUAACUUGUGAAGAUGUUGCCCAUGAUCGCUCCAAAACCAAAUGAUUGGUUUGGUUUGGGCAACCAAAGGACUUUGCAAACCAUUGCAACCUGAGUUAGAUCUUGAGAACAGUCACAGCAUCAUCAGAGCUGAAGCUGCAUUGUGUUCUGGAAUAUGGAAUAGGUCCUUCCCUAGGGGGGGAAAAUCUGCCAUGUUUUGGAUGUGAGGUUGAUCAGGAAGAAAUUGCAGUUUUACCUGUUCUCUACCUCUUUCUUUUCCUUUGGAUGUUUAAUGGAAAAAAGAAAAAGAAAUGAAACAGAAAUUGUUGUGAUGCUGGAGAAGGAGAGAUGUUGUUCCACUCAGAUGUCUUUAGAGGCCUGUAUUCUGCUGAGACAAGUGCUUUGUAGGAAGAGCCCUUGGGUCCCAGUUCUAUAA